AUAAAAUCAAGCUUACUGUGUGAUGUCAGUGUAAAGCAAUCACAAUUAGAACAUUCAGCUUGUGAAUAAGAUAGAAUAUUCAGUUGUUCAAGCACUUAAUACUGUAGAAAAAGCAGAAAGCCCACAUUGACAACGCAAUCCAAGCCAGAAUUCAUCAAGUUAUAAACCAUUUUCGAUCUCAAAGAUUUCAUCAAGUGAAGGAAAUGCUGCGAAUAUUAUUGAAACUAUGUUUUACGGAAUAAACUAUGUCUUAUACGCAAUAAGUGACAGAGCAAAGCAGAAAUUUGCUAAAUUUCCAAUAAAAAUCUCACUCAGAACUAAAUAUUAUCAAGUGUCUAGUCCAUCAUUUUUAUCACAAACACCAAAUCAAUCUUCAUUAUCACAAUUCCAACAAUCAGUACACAAUGCUGAAGUCAUGAAACAACCGUCAAUAAUAAACUCAUCAACAUUCCAGUCAUUAACCACAUAUGCCGAAAAGCAACAGGAUGAUAAGAGAAACAACAGAAAAGUAGGCAUUGAUUUAUCGACUCUACCAAAGGCGUAAUACAAUACCAACAUUAGCGAAAGCAGCUGUAAUAGUAAUAGAAAUACUUUAUCAACAGUGGAUAAUUGCUUGAAUGGUGCAACGCAGCAAAAUAACAAAAGUGUAAUAAAUUAAAAAUUAUAACAUUACACCUAGUGUCAAUCAAUCCAUCAAUUAGAACAAGAGAAACGAUGAAGAGAAAACUCUUUUAUGUAUAAUGCCUAUAAG